AUGAGUUCCGACGAAGAAGGUGCGACCUGUGAAGAGAACGCUCAGGUGAAAUUUGUAGAGUUACUAGAAAAUUAUAAAGUGGUGCUUCAAAAAUCACAAGUACCCACGAUGAAAAAAGUAAAAGAAGCUGCAUUAAUGAAGUUGGAAGCUGAGUGGCAGGCGUUGAGUGGAAAAGCGAUAGGUGCUGUGCAAGUUGUCGUGCCACCACCGAUAGAGACUGCUGUUUCGGUAGAAGUUAUCUCCUCGGAGUUUCACUCAUCUGUUAUGGUUGUAGAGACCGCAACCGGCUCGCUGUCAAAGAAAAAGAAAAAAGCUUGUCUUCCAGAGACAUCGGAAACACAAAACCUAUCAACGGCUGAAUUACAGAGAUUAGUUUUGUUAGAACAAUUGCAAGUCAUGAGGUUGAAGAAAAGAAAAUUGAUGAGAGAGUUAGCAGAGAAUGAGUCUGAGAAGGAGUUAGUUACAGAACAUGAUAACGUGUAUCCACAGUUAUAAACUACCCCACCGUGCCUUGAGAGUGCGAUAUUUAUGUUGAAAUAUUUGUUCUUCAUUAGUAAAUGUACACAAAAUUUGUAUUCCUUCUUUCAGAU